UAAGCCGUCAAAGAUAAGGGCAAAACUAUCAAUAGAACAUAGCCAGUGUGAGUCAACAUGGAACUGCGGUUCCUUUUCCUGGGACUCUUGAUUUUAUCUGGAAUCGAAGGUUUUGUAUAUAAUGCAACAAAGAGGGCGAGUAACUGUAGAAGUGGAUGGACCACCUACAACGACUCCUGUUAUUUGUUUGUCAACAGCGAGAGCGAUGACUGGACUGAGGCACAUUACCAUUGUAAUAUACUCCAUGGGUACUUGGCGGACGUUUUAGAUGAGGAUGAAAAUAAAUUCUUAAAAACACAACUACUUACACGGCAUGAAUCAGGAUGUUUCUACAUUAGCGCUACUGAUGUAGAGCUGGAAGGACAUUGGGUGUGGCCGAACACUGACAGUCCAGUUGACUACACGGACUGGGCACCUACAGAACCACAGAAUUUUGGGACGGGGGAAAAUUGUGUGUGUCUCUACUCUAACGCAAAAUUCCAAUGGGCGGAUGUGUCGUGUGAUCGUGCGUUAAGCUUCAUUUGCAAAAUGAGGUUGACAGAAACUGGAUCUGAAGUAAUAGGGUGAAGAAUCUACACUAAAUUCCAUCGUUAUAGAAAUAUGAGAAUAAAUCGAGUAUGUCAGAAGACCCCGGUCAGUAGCAUA